AUGCUCAUGCUGAAAAGUCUAACAAUCCGCACCACCACGCCCCCGCGACAACAGUUUGCCAUGGCGUCGCUCCAAGCUCCCGAGCUCUUGGCAUGUCUCCUCGUCGUCGUCGCCACCCUCCUCCUCCUCCUCAAGCAACUGCUCGCGCCGAGCAAGAGACGCUCCGCCUCGGCCUCGGCCUCACCCUCCCUCCCGCGCCCGAGGGGCCUGCCCCUCAUCGGCAACCUCCACCAGCUCGGCGCGCUCCCGCACGACUCCCUCGCCGCGCUCGCCGUCAAGCACGACGCGCCUCUCAUGCUGCUCCGCCUCGGCUCCGUGCCGACGCUCGUCGUCUCCUCCGCCGACGCGGCACGCGCCGCGUUCCAGCACAACGACCGCGCCAUGUCCGGCCGCCCGGCGCUCUACGCGGCCGCCAGGUUCUCCUACGGCCUGCAGAACAUCUCCUUCGCGCCGUCGGAAGGCGCCUUCUGGCGCGCCGCGCGCCGCGCGUGCCUGUCCGAGCUCCUCGGCGCCCCGCGGGUGCGCGGGUUCCGCGAGGCCAGGGAGGGCGAGGCCGCCGCGCUCGUCGCCGCCGUGGCCGACGCGUCCGGCGCCGGCGGUGCCGUGGACCUGAGCGGGCUUCUCCUCGCCGCGAGCAACAAGAUCGUGCGACGUGUCGCCUUCGGCGGCGACGACGGCGGCGAAGGUGGCGCGGAGGCGAGUGCUGUCCUCAAGGAGACGCAGAGGCUUCUUGGUGCUUUCUGGGUCGCCGACUACGUGCCGUGGCUCGGGUGGCUGGACGCGCCGCGUGGCCUGCGGGGGCGUCUGGAGCGGAACUUCCACCAGCUCGACGCGUUCUACGAGAGCGUGAUCGACAGUCACCUCAAACGGCGAGCAUCCUCCUCCGCCGACGAGGAGGAGGACUUGGUCGACGUGCUCCUCCGCCUGCACGCCGACCCGGCUCACCGGAGCACGUUCAGCAGUCGCGACCAGAUCAAAGGCAUCCUCACGGACAUGUUCAUUGCCGGGACCGACACGUCGGCGGCGACGGUGGAAUGGACGAUGACGGAGCUGGUCAACCACCCGGGCAUCCUCGCCAAGGCGCAGGACGAGGUGCGCAGCGUGGUCGGCGACAGCGGCAUGGUCCGGGAGCCCGACCUCCCGGGGCUCAGCUACCUGAAGCUGGUCAUCAAGGAGUCCAUGAGGCUGCACCCGCCGGUGCCGCUCCUGGUGCCCCGGGAGACCACCGAGCCAUGCACGAUCCACGGCUGCGAGAUACCGGCCGGGACGCGGGUGCUCGUCAACGCGAAGGCCAUCGGCGCGCACGCCGGCGCGUGGGGCGCCGACGCGGCGCAGUUCGUCCCCGAGCGGCAUGAGCGCGGCGGGGACCUCGGCGACUCCAAGCCGUGGCACGACAGCUUCGCGCUGGUGCCGUUCGGGAUCGGGCGGAGGAGCUGCCCCGGCGUGCACUUCGCGACGGCCGUGGUGGAGCUGCUGCUGGCCAACCUGCUCUUCUCCUUUGACUGGAGCGCGCCGCUCGGCAAGCUGGACGCUGAGGAGGAGAACGGGUUGACCGUGUACAGGAAGAACCCUCUCAUGCUGUUCGCGAAACCACGGCGAUGCGUGUAG